AUGGCCGCCAAAUUUCAAUUGUGUAUUGUGUUGUUGACGGCAAUAGUCGCAUCUUCAUUAGCUGAGCCAGUUGUGCACAAAUUACGGAUACGCUUCCCAGGCCCCAGCUCCAGUAAGAUUGUCAGUGCAGCAAAGCCUACUAAACAACAGGUGGCACCCUAUCCUCCAGCUGGAUUAAAACCUGAUCCACCAUUUGUAGAAGAAGAGCCUGAAAUAACCUAUUUGCCACCAGAGCCAGAGUUGAUCUAUGGACCCCCCGAUGACGUGUAUGGCCCACCCGAAAUAACCUAUGGACCACCUGAACCUGCAACAACAUAUGGUACACCCGCAGAAACCUAUGGACCACCGCCACCAGAAGUAUAUGGCCCACCUGAUGUAACUUACGGACCACCCGAACAAACCUAUGGACCACCCGAUUUAACUUAUGGUCCUCCCACCACCAGCGCCGAAGAAUUUGCACCAAUUGUCAAUUCAGUCAAUUCGCCAUUACAAAUUUCAUCACAAUUUGUUCCACCCCGUCCCGGUAAGGCAGUAAGUUUCCGCCCAAAUCAGGCUAGCUUCAAGCCGCAAUCAGCUGCAGUUAUCAAUGCUCCAUUGCAAAUUUCCUCCCAAUUUGUGCCACCAAGUCCCGGCAGGGUCGUGAGCUUCCGUCCCAUUGACAGUGCUUUUAAACCAUCCGCUGCCAUCGUUAAUGCUCCAUUGAGACCUGUAUCUCAUCUCACUGUUCCUCGUCCCGAACGCAUUAUCAACUUUAGGCCAAAGCCAUUCCAAGCUCAAAAACUUUUUCCACAAACAUCGUUCACAUUGCCACGUGUGGAACGUCCAGCAGCCUUCCGUCCUAGACGUAUUCCAUCACAACAACAGCAACAACCGAACCGUUUCAGUCGCCCAUUAACGCCAAGUAUAUUUGGCACGUCGAAAAACAGUGGUCGUUCCAGCCGACCAUUACCAUCAAACAUUUUCAAUUAA